UAGUACUAAUAGUAGUGUUCACGGAAUUUAUCUGACUGUAGCCAAAUUGCUGACAGCUGGGAAAAUUCCGUUUAGCUUGAAACUGCAGCUUGAACUUACUAAAAUCUAGUUUGAUUAGUCUAGACUCUAGUAAAGGGUGAUAUUGAUAAACCCCAAGUCCUAAACCCAACUAGAGUCUACGCCAAAUCUCAAACCCUACUCCCAAACCCUAAUCAGCUAAUGUAAUGGUAACAUCCUAGUUGGCUUACUCACAUUUCGCCUACACCCAUUUCGCCUACGUCCCAGUUGGCCUACUCCCAUUUCGUCGACUCUCAGAAUCGACAAUAUUCCCAUUUGGCCUACUCCCAUUUCAUCCUGUAUUUUCUAUUUUUGUCAAGUCGUGUUCUCAUUAUUUAUAAAUCAUUAUUUAAUAAACAAACCGAUCAUAGACGAAAUAGGAAUGGGUAUAUUUUAAGCGUAGACGAAUUGGGAUCGAGUUGGCGAAAUGGGUGUAGGCCAACUGGAAAUUUUGCCGUAGGCAAACCUAACACUGUUCUCUUUUGUCUUUUUUUCCGGAAUAACCUACCCGUGAGUGUUGCGGAAGCAACUGACGUUGAUACUCGACUCAAGCCAAGGCUUCACUCCCACAUGCACGUGAACCCACUCACUACCUUGUCACUAUAUCCAGUGCAGUGGACACCAACAAGUGUAUACACGCAUCAAGCAAUGAAGGCUUACAAGUCACUAGAGGCUCAUCGAUACUUCACUGCAGGUUUUGUCAUGACGGUGUUUUACUUCAAGCCUCCAACCGGAUUCAUGAUCUUCAAGGCUGAUGUGCGGCCAUCGCAGAGAGCCAAUGAUCCAUCUCAUCGUCCUUGGUUGGCAACAAAUAAUGAUGGAGUGGUACAAACUGCUCACUGCACUUGUAUGGCAGGCCUUGGCGAAUCAUGUUCACAUGUAGCAGCAUUGCUAUUCAAGCUGGAGGCUGUCGUUCGGCUGGGUGUGACAACCGUUGCUUGUACUAGCAAGCCAUGUGAGUCGAAUAACUCUCAAGCAAGGUAGAACCAGCACGAAUUUACGAAAUCCUGUUUUACAGUGAAGAAGCAGUACAGAAAGUGGAAAACACAAACAGAAAACGACGAGCCACAUCGCAGAUGACACAACCAACCGAUGAAGAACAGCAAGCUUUCCUACAGACUCUAAACACCAACACAAAUAUCCCAGCAGCUCUAUCACUGUUUGAAUCAACUUCAGCAGCAUUUAAAUCGCAACGAGUGCUUCCACCCACACCUCAACUACCUGCAACAUUGCGUUCAAAUUUCAAUGAUAACAACAAGCAACUAGGUUCCACUGAGCUGCAGCAAAAGUGUGAGGAUCUUGCUCAAUCACUAAGUGUAUCCAGAGACGAAAUCACCCAUCUGGAAAAACAUACGAGAUCGCAAGCCAAGUCACUUAUAUGGCAUGAACACAGAUCCGGGCGUAUAACCGCUUCAUCGGCGUACACUAUUCUCCACACAGAUUCCGACAAGCCAGCUCCAUCUGUGAUCCUACGAUCCACAAAGCCCAAUCCUACAGAAAUUCGGGCGGCGCCACUUGUUUAUGGACGAGAAAAUGAAAAAAGGGUGUUUAUGAUGGCAGGACAAUUUUUGGGAAAAACACACAGUAAUUUUGAACUAUCGCAGUCAGGCUUGAUGAUAAGUGAAGAAAAACCAUGGCUAUCGGCCUCUGCUGAUGGAGUCAUGCAGUGUUCCUGCCAUGGGACAAGGGUUCUCGAAAUCAAGUGCCCAUAUACAGCAAGGAACAGUCAACCAGAAGAGUUCCUCCACGACCAGUCAUUAUUCGUGUUCGACGGAACAUUGAAAAAAACACAUCAGUACUACACUCAAGUUGAGCUUGAAAUGUAUGUGCACAAUGUAGAGGCGUGUGAGUUUGUUGUGUACGUAAAUGACUCGCUAAUCCAUAGGACCAUAACUCGCGAUGAGGAAUAUCUCACUGGAAUUCUUCCAAGGCUAGAGACCUUCUGGAAACGACACAUCACACGUGAACUCCUGACACGAUAUAUGGAAGAUGGGGACAGCAAGAAAGACGACAAGCUGUACUGUUACUGCCAAAAGGCAUGGGAUAAAGUCUCUGUUCUUGUUGGAUGUGAUGGACUGCAUUGUCCAUUUGAGUGGGUACACCUGGGAUGUAUUCGACCUGUACGGAAGACGGUGCCAAAGGGAACAUGGUAUUGUAGGCAAUGUAAGAAAAAUAAGUAAAUGAAGGGGGGAUCGUCAAAACGAGUUGGGAUGUCGAAGCUGGGGGUCAAAGGUCAAAG